ACGGUACUUCUCAAACUGUUUCCUCUUCACAGCUUCCAGAGUCUGCAAAGAGAGGGAAGAGGCUGCUCAGGCCCCUAAGAAUUUGGCCAGUUCAGCUGGGAGUGGUGUUGCAUGCCAGCGACUGCACUUGGGAGGUGGAGGCCGGAAGACCAAGAGUUCAAAGUUAUCCUCAGGUAUAUAGCACGGUCCAGGCUAGACUGCUCCAUGAGACUGUCUUUCAAAGAAACUAAAAAGAGUUUAAGCACCUGCUGCUUUGCUAGACUGACCCAAAGAACAGGUGAGAACCCCCACCACCACCACACCCCCCCAGACAGGGUUUCUCUGUGUAGUCUUGGCAUUAGCUCUGUAGACCAGGCUCGCCUCGAACUCACAGAGAUCUGUCUGCCUUGCUUUGUCUCUGCCUUUUCAGUGCUGGAAUCCAAGGCCUCUCCAGUAAUGGGAUUUAAGGUGGGCGCCACCAUUCCCAGCUCUCAGAAAUAAAUUUUAGUGACAGAUAAAGAAACCCGUUCUCUAGUUUUCAAGCUAAGGUGAAGAAACCAGACACAGUACAAAGGCAGCCCAGGGGAAAGAGAGAAAAGCAAAGAGGAUUCUAGACACUGCCUUACCUGGGCCAUGAGGGAUCUGGCCAGUACUUUGUUGCCGCCUUUCAUUAUCAUGUUGGUGAAUUUGCUUCAAGGAGAAAAACAUGUUUAGCUUUCCAAGGCUGCGUUACAGAUCCUUGCGCAGAAACCUUCCCUGGGGUAAUCCCAGCCCAUGAAGCGCGUUUCCACCUCACCUGAUGACAGGGUCUGCAAACACCGAGCUGGUCGCGGCUGCGGCAGCAGCUUUGAUGAGCUGGGUUUUCUUGAGCUCUUGGUCAUAUUUCUCCUCUUCGGUGAGUUCCGCCACAGGUUUGCGGUAGUAUUCCUUGUCAAUCAAGGGAUCCCUGAAUUCAGGGGCAUAGCGGCUGCACCUCACCUGAAUUAUCCUGGGAGUGGGAAGAGGAGGAAGCAGAUGAGAAGUCCACAAAUGAAUCUGUGACUCGACAAAUGAACAAGCUUGACUUAACAAUAAGCCCGUCUGCCAUCACGCUGACGAGGGGCAGUACCACUGGGACCGCAGGCUAAACCUCCCGGCAGCAGUUCUGACUCUCGUCCCAAGAGGUGGGAAGCCCUCUCCGGAAUCGGCCAUUUAAACUGCCUCCUCUGCAAACACGACUAAGCUCUCCCUCUACCGCCUAGGAAACCCCAGGUCUAAGGUCUCUAGCAGGGCCGCACUUUCGGCUCGGGUUAGGAUCAACCCAGGCUGUCAGGCAAGGGGCAAGCCGCUGACCCCACGCUGGCCCGUUGACACUUGACUCAACCAUCUCGGGCCGCCGAGCAGUGCUCUCUCGGACUCCUUUCCUUUCCCCAGGUCCUCCCGUAAAGGUCUGCGCGGCGGUGCCAGCUGCCCGUUGCCGUCUCACCCUGGAAGGUUCCACACAGCAAGCCUCACUCCCAAGGCCAGCCCCGACCACCGGCGCGCUGCCUGCAGUGCGGGGGCAGCCAUCUUGGCCCGCUAAAGGACCCCAGAGGACGGUCCACAGCGCGCCUGAGUGAGUGACAGAAUACGGAUGAGAAAUUGCACCGUUUAUUCAAGAGUGGGUUUUACGUCAGAGUUUCCCUCCGAGGAAGAAGCAAGAGAAUACUCCCGUCCGCCCGAUAUUCGACACAGUCCGGCGCGCCUGUCGGCGGCAGCUCUCAACUCUCUCAGGCCCCCAUGCAGGCCCCGCCCCGGACCGGCUCGCGCAGAAUCUCGCGAGGUUUGAGUCCGCAGGACCGGACUGGGCGGCUGCAAUAUGGCGGAGGCGGAAGGGGAGAGCCUGGAGUCCUGGCUGAAUAAAGCUACCAAUCCUUCUAACCGCCAGGAAGACUGGGAAUAUAUCAUUGGCUUCUGUGAUCAGAUCAACAAGGAGCUUGAAGGGCCCCAGAUCGCUGUCCGACUCCUGGCUCACAAGAUCCAGUCUCCACAGGAAUGGGAGGCAGUGCAGGCCCUCACGGUGCUAGAGGCAUGUAUGAAGAACUGUGGGAGGAGAUUUCAUAACGAAGUGGGGAAGUUCCGAUUUUUGAAUGAAUUAAUCAAAGUCGUCUCUCCAAAGUACUUGGGAGACAGGGUGUCUGAGAAGGUGAAGACCAAGGUCAUCGAGCUGCUCUUUAGCUGGACGCUGGCCUUGCCGGAGGAAGCCAAGAUCAGAGAUGCCUACCAUAUGUUGAAGAGACAAGGCAUAGUGCAGUCGGACCCCCCCAUCCCCAUGGACAGAACGCUCAUCCCCUCUCCCCCACCUCGUCCCAGAAACCCUGUUUUUGAUGAUGAGGAGAAGUCCAAGCUUUUAGCCAAGCUGCUGAAAAGCAAGAACCCAGAUGAUCUGCAGGAAGCUAACAAACUCAUCAAGUCCAUGGUGAAGGAAGAUGAGGCUCGGAUCCAGAAGGUGACCAAGCGCCUGCACACGUUGGAGGAAGUUAACAACAAUGUCAAGCUGCUCCAUGAGAUGCUGCUUCACUAUAGCCAAGAGUACUCGUCGGAGGCUGACAAAGAGCUCAUGAAGGAGCUGUUUGAUCGUUGUGAGAACAAGAGACGGACGUUAUUUAAAUUAGCCAGUGAGACAGAAGACAAUGACAACAGUUUGGGGGACAUCCUGCAGGCCAGUGACAACCUCUCCAGGGUCAUCAGCUCUUACAAAACCAUUAUUGAAGGGCAGAUCAUCAAUGGUGAGGUGACCACCUCAACCAUGCCUGACUCUGAAGGAAAUGACCACUGCAGUAACCAAGGCACCCUCAUCGACCUUGCUGAAUUGGACACCCCCUGCAGCUCAUCCCCAGUGUUGGCCCCAGCACCUGCCCCAGCCACUUCAGGCAUCCCUAUCCUCCCUCCACCCCCCCAGACCUCUGGGCCUCCACGAAGCCGGUCAUCCAGCCAGGCUGAGGCUCCCCCAGGGCCUGAGAGCAUGAGCAAUGCCCUCUCCUUGCUGGAUGAGGAGCUGCUCUGCUUGGGCCUUACUGACCCAGCCCCCACUGCUUCCAGAGAGUCAGCUGGAAAUAGUCAGUGGCACCUGUUUCAGAACGAACCAUCAUCAGACCUGGACUUCUUCAACCCCAGGCCAGUGUCUGCAGCCUGCUGCCCCUCAGAUGGAUCUCUGCUCCCUCCCCCAGUGUCUACCUCAAGUACGUCCCAAGCUCCACUGCCUGCUCCCUUCCCAGCUCCUGUGGUCCCAGCCAGUGCACCAGCCCCCAGCACUGGUUCCUUCAUGUUCUCUUCUGGACCUGCCCCAGCCUCGGUUCCAAAGGCUGAUCCCACAGCCCCAGAGUGCCACAGCUCAGCACUGGGUGACAGCAGCUCGCACCGCCUAGAUGCCCUUGAUCAGCUUCUGGAAGAGGCCAAAGUGACCUCAGGCUUGGUGAAACCUGUUUCUUGUUUCUCCCCUGGGGCCACCUCUACCUCCCCGCUGCUUCCCACCUCUACCCCAGCCAGGCCUCUCCUGCCCUUCUCCACGGGACCUGGAAGCCCUCUCUUCCAAUCACCAGCCUUCCAGUCCCAAGGCAGUCCUCUGAGGGGCCCAGAGCUCUCCCUGGCCAAUGUCCAUGUGCCCUUGGAAUCAAUCAAGCCUAGCAGUGCCCUUCCGGUGACAGCCUAUGAUAAAAACGGCUUCCGCAUCCUUUUCCACUUUGCUAAGGAGUGUCCCCCAGGACGGCCCGAUGUGCUGGUGGUGGUAGUGUCCAUGCUGAAUACAGCUCCCUUGCCAGUCAAGAGCAUUGUGCUGCAGGCCGCAGUGCCCAAGUCAAUGAAAGUGAAGUUGCAGCCACCCUCUGGAACAGAACUUUCUCCAUUUAGUCCCAUCCAGCCACCUGCAGCCAUUACCCAGGUCAUGCUACUGGCCAAUCCAAUGAAGGAGAAGGUGCGUCUUCGGUAUAAGCUGAGCUUUGCUCUAGGGGAGCAGCUGAGCAUAGAACUGGGUGAAGUGGACCAGUUUCCUCCUGUGGAGCAGUGGGGGAACCUAUGACCCCAGCAAGUGCUGUCAUCUCUCCUUGGAAGGCAGGCAACCUGAGACAGGCUGUCUAGUCCAGCCACUGUACACCCUGACAGUGUUUCCAGCUUGGUGUAGACCAAGGCCCUGGACAUUUAUCAGGAGGCAAGCCACUGCUGUGAUCAUCUCUUCUUGGGCCCCUAAAAGGACCAGUUUUAUCUGCCUGUGUGAUUUGAAGUGGCCGUACUGUGUGGGUGGGGAGUGGCUGGUGGCUUCAAUGGCUGCCCUGGGAUGGUGGACUCUGGGCCUGGAGUGGGUUUUUACUUUUUUUACUGGCAUCCCUUGAUAACAGGGAGAGGGCUCCAAAGAGCGCCUUUCCAACCCCGUCAAGAACUGCAUCUUUACAUCCUGAAGAGGCAUGGCAUGGGAGACUAUACCUCCCACUGGUGUUCCAUGCUGCUUGGCUUGGCUAGCAGGCACUGCUGCUGCCUGAACCAAAGUGGGCAGCAGUGGUUUAGAGUGAGAAUCUGGAGUAUACUAUAGAGUCUUCACUCCGUUUUCUGCAGGCAGCAGCAUCCUGAAGUGGCUAUUGAGUGAGUGACGUGCUUUUCCUGACAGUGGCAGGUUGUGUCCUAUGGACAUCUCAGCAGGACAGGGAACACGGCUUAAUAGCCUCAACUAGGGAUAGGAAGGGAAAUGGAAGAGUGCCAAUGUUUCCCUUCAGAAGCAGGUACUGUGGCUUUCUAGGAAAAGCAUAUCUCCUGCAGUGGGAAUAGGCCAUCCUACUCACUACCUCUUGCUUGGCAUGAAAUAAACUGCUGUGUUUCCCUUAAGCCUUUAAGGGAAGACACCUCCUGCCACUCUGCAUCCUCCUGCUUUGGUGACUCCCUCUCCCCGCCACAUGGAAUGUAGUGUGGCACAUGUGGUUGGACCCAGGAAGUCUCAGGGUCACACACAUUGCACUAGACUUUGUCCUUUUGUGCUGCACCAAAACACCCACUUUUCCCCAGCUACAGAGGGGCGCUGUGAGCGACAUGUUGGGUCUGGAAGUGAUGAGAUGAGGGGCCAUGCUUGAACUGAAUUACCAGACCCUAUUGCUUCCACAGUGCUCAGCCUCACCUCAGCUAGCAUGACCCAGCUGCUCCAGACCAGAGACUUCAAGCUUCGAGACAACAGGGGGCUCAGCUGUCUGUUCCUUGGAGAAGGAGGGUGACACAACUGUACCCCUGGUCCCCUACACCUGGGAGCAUCCUUGCUCUGUGUCUAGAGGUCAUCUGACCUACCUCCCCACCAUUGUCCUUAGCUAGCAGGUUUUACAGUUUCCUUACAACAGGUCAAAAGAAUCAUUUUCCCCAGUAAUGGAAUAAAUCCAGGAGCUUUCCAGAGACUGGUUUACUCCAGCCCUGGAAUAUCUAUGGGAUUACUAUGUGGAGACAUACCUUUAUGAACCUUCAAAUAUUUAAAUUAUGAGUGUUGCUCACUAACACAGGUCACUCUUCGUGGUCAACAGCUGUACUGGGUGAUGUCCCACCUUCUGCCCUUGUUUUGCUGCAUGUGAAAUAAAACCAUUUUCACCCA